CGGAACUUUCCGGCCCGUCGAACAGUCCCGGUCGUUCUCCGGAAUUGUCCGAGCGGCCCCGCCCACUCACCGGCGCUCCUUCCGGAAAGUGCCGAAACAUUCCGAAGUCUUCCCUCCCAUCGCCCUUCCCUCCCCUCCCCUCCCGCCGGUCUCUGUGGUCGCCGACUGCCUGCCGGCUCGGGUUUACCGCUGUCAUGGCGAAGAAUCACCGUUUCAAAUUCAGGCAGGGGAACAGGUGAAACACACGAAGGAGAGAAAGAGAGUGAGAGGAGAGGAGAGGGGAGGGGGGGAGAAAAAUAAACUGAUUUGAUAAGAAGUUUUAUUUUUAAAUUUUGAGGAGCUGUGUGCCGCGCUGGAGAGUUGUCACCGGCUCUGUCGACGUUUUGUUUUUUUUUUGAAAAAAAAAUCUGCCUGAACCACGUCCCCAGCUCUUUUUAUAAAACUGAGGGAGGGAAUAAAAAGUUCCUUUUUGAUUUCCGAGCUUUCUCCUGUCAGCAACAUGUCCGAGUCCAAUGUGCAAGUGGCCGUGAGGAUUCGUCCCCUCAACAGAAGAGAGAUUGAUUUGAACACAAAAUGUAUUAUAGAUGUUGAAGGCAAUCAGACCAUUCUAAGUCCGGCUAAUGCCAAUCUCGGUAAAGGCGAUGCCAGGAGCCAGCCAAAGGUUUUUGCAUAUGAUCACUGCUUUUGGUCAAUGGAUGAGUCCGUUAAGGAGAAGUAUGCAGGUCAAGACAUAGUGUUCAAAUGUCUUGGUGAAAAUUUGCUGCAAAAUGCAUUUCAAGGAUACAAUGCUUGUAUAUUUGCUUAUGGACAGACUGGCUCAGGGAAAUCUUACACAAUGAUGGGUUCAAAGGACAAGCCAGGUUUGAUCCCCCGAUUAUGCAGCAAACUAUUCGAGCGAGCAUUGCAAGAGGCCAAUGAGGAACAAACUUUCACUGUUGAAGUGUCAUACAUGGAAAUCUACAAUGAAAAGGUCCGCGACCUCCUUGAUCCAAAAGGGAGCCGACACACUUUGAAGGUGAGGGAACACAAAGUUUUAGGUCCAUAUGUGGACGGUCUGUCCAAACUGGCUGUGACAAGCUACAAGGACAUUGAGUCUUUGAUGUCAGAAGGGAAUAAGUCUCGAACAGUUGCUGCAACGAACAUGAAUGAGGAGAGUAGUCGUUCCCAUGCAGUAUUCAACAUUAUCCUUACACACACACUAUAUGAUCUCCAAUCUGGGACUUCAGGUGAGAAGGUGAGUAAACUGAGCCUUGUGGACCUGGCAGGCAGUGAGAGGGCAGCGAAAUCUGGAGCUGCUGGAGAUCGAUUAAAGGAAGGAAGCAACAUUAAUAAAUCUUUAACAACACUAGGCCUAGUAAUUUCUGCUUUGGCAGAUCAGGCUGCUGGUAAAAACAAGAACAAGUUCGUUCCUUACAGAGACUCUGUACUGACUUGGCUACUCAAGGAUAGUCUUGGUGGAAAUAGCAAAACAGCAAUGAUCGCAACAGUGAGCCCGGCAGCAGACAAUUAUGAUGAAACCCUGUCAACACUGAGGUAUGCAGACAGAGCCAAAAACAUAAUUAAUCAUGCUGUGGUGAACGAGGAUCCCAAUGCCCGAAUCAUCCGUGAACUCCGUGAAGAAGUAGAUAAACUGCGUGAGCAGCUGUCCAGAGCAGAGGCAAUGAAAGCCCCAGAGCUGAAGGAUCGUUUGGAAGAAUCUGAAAAGCUAAUUCAGGAAAUGACUGUUACGUGGGAAGAAAAGCUUAGGAAGACUGAAGCCAUCGCACAGGAGCGUCAGAAACAAUUGGAAAGACUUGGUAUUUCUCUCCAGUCCUCGGGUAUCAAAGUUGGUGAUGACAAGUGUUUCUUGGUGAAUCUGAAUGCAGAUCCAGCCUUAAAUGAGUUGCUUGUUUACUACUUAAAGAACCACACUCUAGUUGGGUCUGAUGAUUCCCAGGAUAUCCAACUGUGUGGCAUGGGAAUACUUCCGGAACACUGUAUCAUUGAUAUCUCUCCUGAAAGACGAGUCAUUCUCUCACCAAAGCAAAACUCCAGAACAUUUGUGAAUGGCUCCCUGUUGACCACCCCUGUGCAGCUUCACCACGGUGAUCGAAUCCUUUGGGGAAACAACCAUUUCUUCAGAAUUAAUUUGCCAAAAGCCAAGCAGAAAAGAACACAGGAAGAGGACGGGCAGGAGAGUCCAAUGAAGCUAAGUUACAGCAGUGAGCAACUGGAUGGAGAUGGGGACAGUGUUAGUGAGGGCUCCAGUGAAAGCAAUUACAGCUAUGAGUUUGCACAGAUGGAGGUCACUAUGAAGGCGCUUGGAAACAACGAUGCAAUGCAGUCGGUGCUGCAGAGGUUGGAACGUCAGCAUGAGGAAGAGAAGCGGUUUGCACUCGAACAGCAGCGCCUAAUGUACGAGCGGGAACUGGAGCAGUUACGUAGGCGUUUGUCUCCAGAGAAACAUUACCGUAGCAUGGAGCGCCUUUCAUUCGGCUCCCCUAGUACUCAACAGCGGCUACGUCAGUGGACAGAAGAGAGAGAAGCAAUGCUCAAUGUCAGUCUCCUGAAGUUACAAGAGCAGAUUGCCAAGGCAAAUCAUUAUGUACAUGAAGCAAAUUAUAUAGCUGAAGAGAUGGAAAAGAAGACAGAGUAUCAAGUGACUCUACAGAUUCCAGCAUCUAGCCUAGAUGCUAACCGAAAGCGUGAUUCCGUUCUCAGUGAACCAGCCAUUCAGGUACGAAGGAAAGGUAAAGGCAAACAGAUCUGGUCAUUGGAGAAACUGGAAAAUCGAUUAAUUGAUAUGCGUGAACUUUACCAGGAGUGGAAAGACUGUGAUGAGGACAAUCCUAUGAUGAGAUCCUAUUUCAAGCGAGCUGACCCGUUCUUUGACGAACAAGAAAAUCAUAGUCUUAUUGGGGUUGCAAAUGUAUUUUUGGAAUUGCUCUUUUACGAUGUUAAAUUGCAGUAUGCAGUACCCAUCAUUAACCAGAAGGGAGAGGUGGCGGGCCGCCUGCAUGUGGAAGUGAUGCGAACAAGCGGGGAUCUUAGUGAUCGAAUUGCUGGUGGGGACGAUACUUUGGACAGUCCAAAUGAAAGUGACAUGCAGGAGAGAGAAACAGUGCGCAAAAUAGUCUGUAGAAUAAAAAUUCUUCAAGCGACAGGGCUGCCUCGACACCUGUCAAACUUUGUUUUCUGCCAAUAUACCUUCUGGGAUCAGACUGAACCGAUCAUUGUUGCACCAGAGGUGGAUCCUUCCUCCUUAACCCCACCUGGCAAGGAUCCAGAAUGCAUGGUUGUUUUUGAUCACUGUAAGGAAUUCUCACUCAUCCUUUCUGAAGAUCUGUUGGAAUAUCUCUCAGAAGGAGCACUGGCAUUUCAAGUUUAUGGUCAUAAAUCACGUGACUCUCGGAAAAAUCCCUCCAUAUGGGACCUGGGAAUAAUACAAGCCAAAACCCGAUCGCUACGGGAUAGGUGGAGCGAAGUGAUGCGAAAGUUAGAACUCUGGAUCCAAAUAUUGGAACUGAAUGAAAAUGGAGAGUAUGUUCCUGUGGAGGUGACCUUCUCGAAAGAUGUUUUCACCGGUGGCAUCUUUCAGCUACGGCAGGGUCAAUCUCGACGUAUUCAAGUUGAAGUGAGGUCAGUCCAAGAUUCUGGGACGUUGCCUUUAAUUGCUGAAGCAGUUCUAUCUAUUGCUGUGGGAUGUGUCAAAACCAGACCUGCUAGAAACCAGAAAUAUCCAGAUGCUCACAUGGAAGAGGAAGAUGACAUGGACAGUUACCAGGAGAGGGAUUUAGAGAAGCUACGUCGGAAAUGGUUAAGUGCGUUGACCAAGAGGCAAGAAUACCUUGACAAGCAGCUACAGAAACUUGCUAGCAAACCUAAUAAAUCUGAAGAUGAUGCAGACCGAGAGGCGCAGUUGCUAGAACGAAGAUUAACUCUAACUGAGGAGAGGAAUGCUGUCAUGGUCCCGUCAGCAGGAAGUGGAAUCCCAGGAUCCCCAGCGAAAUGGAGCCCAGUGGCUGGAAUGGAAACACAUGUUCCUGUUGUUUUCCUUGAUCUAAACGCUGAUGACUUCAGCUCCCGUGAAGAUCUGGAUGGGCCAGAACCUGGUGCACUGGAUGCCAGCCUUACUGAUGAAGAUGAUGAUGACAUUUUUGAACUUCAGAUUGCAAAGCAUCACGAGCCAGAGGUGAAAGCAGAGGCUUCCUGGGAUUCCAACAUUCAUAACUGUCCAUCCUUGAGCAAAGGCACUCCAGCUGAUGAGCGUGUUUUCCUCAUUGUAAAGACUGUGGUGCAGCUCAGCCACCCUGCUGAGAUGCAGCUCGUGUUACGCAAGCGCAUCUGUGUGAACGUUUACAGCCGGCAGGGUUUCGCACAAAAUUUCCUGAGACGAAUGUCCCACAAAAGUACAUUUAAUGCAUGUGGAGUGACCUUUGAGAUCGUCUCCAAUAUUCCGGAGGAUGCUCAAGCAUCUGAAGACCGUGAAACACUGGCACGAAUGGCAGCAGAGUUAGAAACUGCAGAGUCUGCCGAGAAGGAAGCAUACAUUGAGAAAUAUCUUCGUAGUGUAUUGGCAGUGGAAAAUAUCCUCACUCUAGAUCGUCUGCGUCAGGAAGUUGCAGUUAAAGAACAAUUAAAUACAAAGCGUAAACUGACCAGAAGGUGCAUCAGCUCUCCAAACGUCAACCGGUUAUCUGGAAGCCGUCAUGAUCUCAAUGCAAGAUCCAGCCUUGAACGCAACAAGAGUCGAUGGGAGAGUCAGCAGGACAUUUCGACAGCUGCAUUGCAGUCCAACAAGAAGACUCCUCCAUACCGAUCCCCGGCGAGUAGGCAUUCCAUGCCACAAGAUGCAGACUCAUUCUCAGCACUAGCAGCCUCUUACUUGAAUCCAGUGAAGGCCUUUGUACCUCAGAUGCCCAAACUUCUCAAAUCACUUUUCCCUGUACGUGAUGAAGAGAAGAGAAGAUCUGUCCCUGUACCAAAUCAACAGUCUGUUCCUCGAAUUGUGGUGCAGUCUGCUAAAUUUGAAGAUACUUUUGAACAGAAUCAAGUUGCUCAACAAGACAAAGUCUCUUCUGCUCCAGUGAUCAUGACAAAACCCACCCAUCCCGUAGCCAUAGCCUCAGGCACUCCAAAUGCUCCAUCGAAGAUCGAUUCAGUGGACACAGCUGGCCAUGAAUCCCAAGGAGACCCUCAAAGUCCUCCAAGUGAGGCUUCAAGUGGGUAUUUCUCCCAUAGUGUUUCCACAGCAACACUUUCGGAAACUGCUAUGGUGUCAAGUGGCGACGUUGGCACACCUCCACCAGGUUGGGUCACUACAGACAGGGACACUUGUGCCCAGCUCCAAAGUCAAAGGUCAGCCACCAGUGAGGGUUCAGCACAACUAAAUGCUGAUAUUAAAUCAGAUUCCUGCUUUGCUGGACAUGUGGCGAAUGGAUCUCUGGGCAUGCAGCAUCAAAUCACUCAAGUAACAGGUGGUGCGCCACUGAUGUCCAACGAAGGUCAAUUCCAACUGCAAAGCCCAAGCAAGGAUGUGGGAAAGGAUUGUGGAAAAGUUCAAAAUCAAUCAGUAGGUCCGGAGGUAACAGCAGAGUCUGCACAUGAGACAAUGGUGGCAGAGCCCAUGGAAAUACCUGCAUCAGUUGACACGAAAAAUAGCUUCUCUACUUCUCAGACAACCAAAACACCAUUGGACAAAACAGUCAGUCCCGAUGUGACCAACCAGAAGGUCACCCUGCAUUCUCUCCAAAUCGAUGAGCUGGAGGACUUGUUACCGGUACAGAAGUCAACCUCAGCGCUAACUGUCUCAAAGUCUGAGCCAAAAUCUGAUGCAACACAGUCCAUAACCACAGCAUCUAACCCCUUCAGAAUACAAAAGGUGAGGACGUCCGAGUUGAAGUCGUUCACAGGCAUCUUGGGGGAUGAAACCACUUGGCAAGAUCCUGAAGAUAUUCUUGAAGAUAAAGAAGCGCAGUGGUCAACAGAGGAAUGGGACUCUGGGCCCUCUGGCCUAGCUGCAGGUCAUGUACCAGAGCCAUGUGACGAUUCUGAGAGCUCUGUACCUGCAAGUACAAGGUAUGAUGAUUAUCCUGAGUUAUCAAGCGAGAAACUUGAAAUUAUUUCAGAUUCUGAGGAAGCUGUUGACACCAUUCCUGAGUGGCUAAAAGAAGGGGAGUACGUCUCAGUUGGUACAAACAAGACUGGUACAGUCAGGUAUAUAGGAUCUACAGAAUUUGCUGAUGGAAUUUGGAUUGGAAUUGAGCUGAAUGUACCAGCAGGAAAGAAUGACGGUUCAGUCGGUGGAAAGCAGUAUUUCCGAUGUAAUCCAGGCUACGGAGUAUUAGUUAGGCCAAACAGAGUUGCAAAAGCCACUGGCUCAGUGAAACGGCGUAGCACCGGCCUCCGGACUCAGUUGGCUGCAAAUUCGGAGAAUCGGAGGAGCGGGAACUUUUCCAAAUCUAACCCAAACUUGUCAGCUCUCACUGCAAUGGCCAAAUCUGAAGGAGGAACAGGACUCCGAUCAGGUGACAGGACUCCAAGGAAGAGUGAGCAUAGGAAAUCCUGGUCUGCUGAGCAAAAACCUUCAUGAGAAAUCAGCCAGUGCAUGAUGUUUAGACCUAACUGGUAAGGCUUUGGAACUGGACAUCCAUGGCAAACUUCUUUUUAAACUGAAUCCAGCGGUGCCUUUCGAGAAUUAACUUGCCUGUCCCAAGGAGAACCAUCCACUGGCCUAUCCUGGAACUCUCUUAAUUAAUUAUCUUUCUUCUAACUGCCAUGUUCACUUAUCUUCCAACAGUAACAUCAUUUCAUUUUCCUGCUUCAAAGUGGAUGAUAAUCAAAUGAUCUGAAAAUGGCUUGUGAACUACUGGACAUAUGCUGUAAAAGAUAUUUAUGAUUCACGUGAGGGCUUUUGUAUUGUCAAAGUUU